GCAUGUUCCUCCCACAGACCAGUGAUUAGGACUUGACUAGGCCAGUAAAUAUGUAGAGAUGUAAACUAUGGACAAACGAAGGCUAAGAGAGGUGCUGAGUUCUAACUGAUAGUACUCUAUCAAACAGUGACUGGCCCCCGGUUAACUGCAUCACUUAAUAAACGCAUCUCUGUUUAAUAUAUAAAUGAUAAGCGAUAUUUGAAUUCUGCGCGUUAUUAUCGCGAUUGAAUACUCUUUAUAGUCGAGGGCCCAGUGAUGGAGGAACGAACGAACGUGCAAAACGUGGUCUGAUUUCUGUUUUGGAUCUGCGUGGGAGAUUAAUUUCAGGGCUGCCCCAACAUUCUACUUACCGGGUCUUGCUCCCGCCACUUCCUUCUACUGUCUGUGGCAGCUGACGACAAGUUGGAUGGCCAGCAAUCAAGGCCAGCAAACUCUUUACGACAGAGUAGAUGUGCAUAAAUCAUGCAAAUCAUUGGAGACCUUGCUCGGCGUCUUAAGCGACUAUUGUGAGGCUGCCGAAGCUGUGGUAAUAUUGCAGAAGAAGUUGGCAAAGGCUCUCCGUGAAAGCGCUGGAUUGAAAAGCACGACCGGCAUCGCUGCCAACGCGUUGGGUGCUAGUGCCAACAUCUUCGAAGCUCUCUCCGAUAUCGACGCUAAGUUUGCGAAGAUAGCUGACAAGGAAUACGAAGGAAUCAGUACCGAGGUCAGGAAAUGGUUCAAGAAACUUGCCAAAGAGGAGAAGGCUCAUGACGAUAGAAUCGCUGUUGCCAAUGGCAAGAUUAAGCAAGCAGGUCAGGUCUACGAGAAGAAGUCCAAGAAGAGUGCUCGCGACGCCAGUGACGAGCAUGCACGUUACAUCACUCUUAUCAGCGCUCUUGGACCGGAAAUAUCCCAGGAAAAGUACAACCACACAUUGUUCGUAACGCAACGGCAUACAUCUACGACAUUCAAUGUGGCAGCAUGUAUGUCACGUAUAGCUGAUGCUGAAUGGCUCCGAGCUUGUGAAGGUGUUCGUCGAUAUGCACCAACCGUGGGGCCCUUGGGUGAAUGGAGAGCUCUUUGCGAAGGGGGCUGGGGAGGUCCUAUGCCUCCGGACUUGCCUGACCUCGAUACCACCGCUCAACAGCAGCCUCAACUACAGCCACCGCCACAACCGCAAACUGUUCGCGAACAUAUAAAUGGCGCGCUCGAUGAAGACCGGCCUUCGCCACCGAUGUAUCGGCAAGCUGAAGCUAUUAACUUGAACUCGCAAGAGCCAACAGAAGCCCAUCCUGGGAUGUGGUCCGCAUAUGAGAAAGAAAGGGAACAAUCAUCACCCAUACCUUCCCCUACGCAGCCUCAAUACCCCCAAACGCCAACAAGUGCUGCACCACAGAAGCAGAACCAGUCAACACCGCCUUCCUCUUUUGACAAUCCUAUCCGGCCAUUUUUGGAUCCUAAUACAGGGUCCGUGAGAUCAUUAUCUGCAUUCCCUGCACCUCCUACCCACUUCCCGCUUCCUCCCGUUAAUUCGCAGCGGCAACAGCAGACUUCUCUAGGACAGUCAUCUCACUCAUCGUCUGCUUCUCAUGUCAGCAUCCCGACAUUGUCCCGACCAUCCGACGUCCGCAUUCCUGGUGGUGAUGAGAGCAUCACUGGGGAGACGACAUCGACAUCACCUGUCUCUGCCCCGCCUUCCCCUCAACAGAAAUUCAAUGACAAACCUGACAUAAGUAAUCAGUCAAGUGGAAGCGCGUCAGAUAGCCAUGACGGCCUUCGACGUCCGACACCUGUACGGUCACUGACGGUGCCAAGUUUAGAAGAAUCAUCAGGAACUGUAGCGGAGCGUUCGUCUACCUCCUCAAAUACCUCCAAACCACCUAAUGAGCGCGAAUUUGGGUCCGGUUACAAGUCGCCAACCCGAGGAAUCGAUAGUGUGAAAGGUAAAGAUGUAGACAGACAUGACACUGCGACAAGUAGUGGUAGUGUGGUAGCUGCGAUGCGCAGCCGUUAUUCAUACGAUUCUGGAGCUUCCUCUCCUCCGCCUAGGGAUAUCCCUCGGUUACCUAUGAGCGUGACCGAUCUGGCUACCCGGUAUCAACCUAGUGACGGGCCCUCAUCCCCAAGAAUCAGAGCUUCUUCCCCGCCUAUCGCUCGUCCUCUACCUCCUCUGGAUUUUUUCUCUCAAGCGCGGCAAGCCGAGGCGUCCUUCCGUGAAAGAAGCCCUCCGGGAGCGUUCCGUGACGCGUCUACGACGCCCACACCCACGUCCAUGCCACAACCGAAUCUCCAGACUCACACCGCAGCGCAUGACGAUGCCGUUCGACGUCAGCAACGUCUCGAAGAGCUGGAAAUUAAAGAAAAGGAACAGAAACUUCGUGCCAGAGAGCUAGAAAUUGAGCUCAAAUCUCGGGAGUUGGAGAGACAACGAGAUUUUUUGAUGAGUAGCUCAACCGCACUUGGCAGAAACCGAGAUGGAUAUAUUAGUGAAGAUCGUUCACUCAGCGGCCAUGGCAGAGAUUCCGAUAGACAAGCGAGGGAUACUUCACUGUCCCGCUCACGAGACGACGUGCGAAAUGAGAUUCCACGACCGCCACACGCAAACUCUCUCGCACCUCCAUCAACACGCACCUUGGGAAGCAGCAGUGAGGAAAACGGGAAUUCCGACAGAUCGGGACAAUCACUCAACCAACUGCACCCGCCUUAUUGCACUUGUGACACUUGCAAGAAUUCCAGAUAUGGCGGAACCACAAGUCGCCCUGGAGAGAAAAGCAAAGGCGGUUGGAUGCGGAGAUUGAGUAUGCCGAUUGUUGCUGGAAAUGCGUUUUUGGAUGCUAAACGGCAUGGAGGGACAAUGAAGAGAGGAUUGAUGUCGUUGGACGGGAAGAAAAAUGCCAGCACGACUAUACUUGCUCAGGAGGAUGGCCGGUUGACCACUGGAGGUAGGAGAAGCUAUGAUGCAUCUGGGAUCAGCAACCGAAGCGUCACGAAUCUAGGCAGGAGGUAAUAUGGUGCAUAUUUUUGGAUACUCUGGAACGGAUUUACUUCUGUAACUUAUAUUUAUACGGGCUCCGUACUUAUACCGUCUACUUUAUUAUGCUAAUACUUACGGAUAUCACCAAUAGUGUACUGAUUUUUGUGUCUUUCUUCUUCAUGACGCUUAUGUAUUGUAACGCAUUU